AUAAUAGUUCUCUUGAUGUGCAAGAACGAAUGAGAAACAAUGCUAAUUUCUAUUUUCUUUUUUGUGAUUUUACAAACUACGCAUGGAUUUGUUAGUUUUGGACAUUUGUUCAGACCCUGGACAGAUACAACAAAUCCAAACCGAACAAAUCUGUUUUGUCCUUCUGACUGUGAUAAAGAAGUAUUCAUACACAGAGUAAAACGAUGUUGUCGAUGUGGUAUGAAACCUGUCUGGGAACUGGAUCUUACGGACGUUGAAUUACUCAAUGUAGAGUAUAGAAGGAGGCGCGGAACAGCAUUUAUCAUUUCGAUAGAACAUUUCAUGAACUACAAGUACCAGAUAUUGAUUCAUACAUACGGAUUCCUCAGCGAAAUCCCUGGAAAUGUUUGUGAUUUUGGACAAAAAUUGGUAAAACUUGACCUAUCACAAAACGCCAUUAAAUUUCUUGAAAAUACCAGCUGCUUAAAAAAUUUGGACACGCUCGUAUUAGCGCGAAAUAAAAUAACACAGGUUAAAAACGAAACUUUUUCCGGUUUGUCGAUGUUACGAGUGUUAGAUUUGUCAAACAACGUCAUAAAAGUGCUUGAACCGAACACCAUGUCAGAUACCUCGCUGUUUCUUCAUAGUGCAAAUUUCCGUCAAAACCAAAUGCAGACCAUAGACAUAACCAACUUCGUCCUUGAAAAGCCAUUCUGUAAAAUCGAUUACUCAGACAAUAAAAUGACCGAUUUUACAAAUGAAGUUUCUUUUCAAAUUGAUCCAAAUAAAAUUUAUGGCGACGGAGGUUAUGUCGAUUUAGCUGACAACGAGUUUCAAACAUGGCUUAACUUUACUGAUUUGGGCUUUUAUGACCUUAAUCUGAUUGGAAAGGUUCUUAAGUAUUCUUUUGAUUUUCGAGGAGCAAACUGGAUCUGCGACUGUAAAAUGCAACCAUUUUUGGAGAAAGUGAAACCCUUUUUACCCACAUUAUGGAGAGAUUUUUUCAAUAUAACGUGCAAAGAACCCCCCGAGCUUUCAGGGGUCUCUAUUGCAGAUAUGGCCAUGAAAAACAAAUUGGAUAACUUUAUAUGCAAUAUUUCAGUUUCCAGUGGAUGUCCUCUUGGUUGUCAUUGUUACGAACAGCCAAGCGAGAGGCGAACUGUUGUAAACUGUACAGGAGUAGGGUUAACAACAAUGCCCUCCAAACUUCCGGCUUUCAGUAAUAUUGAGCUAUUGAUGAAGAACAAUUUAAUACAAGAAUUAGGCGACCUGGAAUAUUUAACUCAACUUAAAAAGAUAGAAAUUAACAAUAAUCCGCUUCAGCGGAUCUCAUCGGGUUUGGCAAACCGAAUAAAAUACAACGUUGAUAUCAGUUUAAAUUGCACGAAUCUGGAGAAAAUUCCGAACACGUUUAAACAAUUAGACCAACAUCAAGUGAAAUUAGGCAUUUGCAACAUAACCUGUGACUGCUCGUCCAAAUGGGUAAAAGAAUGGAUUUCUGCAAAAUCUGAUAAUUUUAAUCACAACGAAUUGUACUGUAAAGCAUCUGGGGGGAAUAUUCCUAUUAUUUCAUUUAACUUUGAUGCAUUGGAUUGCGCGGUCGACCAGUUCCUAAUCUACGUUGCUAUCGGUCUAGCUUCAUUUUUAAUUCUUCUGUCGGUUGGUACGUUAGUACUCUACCAUUACCGGUAUGAAUUAGUCCUUAUUCUCAAAAACCCCACCAUUGGCAGAGAAAAUGCGGUAUCGUUGCAUUACGAUAUCUAUAUCGUUGUAAAUGAAAAUAAUAAUGAGGCACUUUUAUGGGCAAAGACGGUUUUAACCCAUAAACUAAAAAGACUCGGGUAUAACACAUACUUUCCAUGCAGUGAUAACAUUUUGGGAGACUUUAAAGAAGAACUGAUUGUUCAAAUGUUAUCAAAGAGCAGGGAUGUUAUUGUUCUUCUAACAUCAGAAUUCAAAUCAGGUGAGGAAGAUUUAAACACGCUUUAUGCAAAUUUGGAAUGGCGACAUGCUUGGAACAAUUUCAAAACUAACUCUAAUGAGCGAAACCUAAUUGUCAUCAAUUUUGAUCAAUUGAGGGCAGGAGAUUUUGACGUAUCUCCCCUAAAGGCUUUUCUCCGUUUAAAGAUGACCUUAGAUUUUGCAGACAAAAGUCACAGACUUAUGGAAGACUUGCUGGCAAGAAUUGGGCCCCCGUCUCGUGUCAAUAAAAGACCAUUAUACAAACAGACACACAGGGAUCACACACAAUUCAUUGAGCUGUAUUUUUGGUAAAAAUGACUGCACUUUGGACUGAAUUAUAGUAUUUCAAACGUUCGAUAUUUUAAUAAUCUGAAUAUUUUACAUGAUUUAUCAAAAUGUAAAUGAAAAAUGCA